GACUCCGCGUUCCGGCCGCCGGCGGGCUCCAGGCCGGGAUUUGGGCGCUCCCCGCCCGCCUCCCGCCCCCUGCCCCCCCCGCCCCUCCUCCUCCUCCCCCCUCCCUCCCUCCCUCUCUCCCUCCCUCCCUCCCUCCCCCUCCCUCCCGGCUCCCGAACUCCAGCCCCUCUCUCUCCCUCGAUCAGCCGCUCACUCUGUCUCAAUAUGUCUCAAGAUGGCGGCCAAUGUGGGAUCGAUGUUUCAAUAUUGGAAGCGCUUUGAUUUACAGCAGCUGCAGAGAGAACUCGAUGCCACAGCAACAAUAUUGGCUAACCGACAAGAUGAAAGUGAGCAGUCUAGGAAAAAACUUAUCGAGCAAAGUCGCGAGUUCAAGAAAAACACUCCAGAGGACCUUCGCAAACAGGUAGCUCCAUUACUGAAGAGUUUCCAAGGAGAGAUUGACGCAUUGGGUAAAAGAAGCAAAGAAGCAGAGGCAGCCUUCUUGAAUGUUUAUAAGAGAUUAAUUGAUGUUCCAGAUCCAGUUCCAGCCUUGGAUUUAGGACAGCAACUUCAGCUCAAGGUUCAACGUAUGCACGAUAUUGAAACAGAGAACCAGAAACUUAGGGAAACUCUAGAGGAAUACAACAAAGAAUUCGCUGAGGUGAAAAAUCAGGAGGUUACAAUAAAAGCACUUAAAGAGAAAAUCCGAGAAUAUGAACAGACCCUGAAGAACCAAGCUGAGAAUAUAGCUCUUGAAAAAGAACAAAAAUUACAAAAUGAUUUCGCAGAGAAGGAGAGAAAAUUGCAGGAGACACAGAUGUCGACAGCCUCGAAGCUGGAAGAAGCCGAACACAAAGUUCAAGCUUUGCAAACAGCCUUGGAAAAAACCAGAACAGAACUAUUUGAUCUGAAAACAAAAUAUGAUGAAGAAACUACUGCAAAGGCUGAUGAAAUCGAGAUGAUCAUGACAGACCUUGAAAGAGCAAAUCAGAGGGCAGAGGUGGCUCAGAGAGAGGCAGAGACCUUAAGGGAGCAGCUCUCGUCAGCUAACAAAUCUCUCCAACUCGCUACGCAGAUCCAGAAGGCACCUGAUGUGGAGCAGGCCAUCGAGGUGCUAACACGGUCCAGCUUGGAAGUAGAAUUGGCCGCAAAGGAGCGGGAAAUUGCCCAGCUCGUAGAAGAUGUCCAGAGACUACAGGGCAGCCUCACCAAGCUGCGGGAGAACUCCAGCAGCCAAAUCUCACAGCUGGAGCAGCAGUUAACCGCCAAGAACAGCACGCUUAAACAACUGGAAGAAAAACUGAAAGGACAGGCUGAUUAUGAAGAGGUUAAGAAAGAAUUAAAUAUAUUGAAAUCCAUGGAGUUUGCACCAUCUGAAAGCUCUGGUGCGCAGGAUGCAUCUAAACCGCUGGAGGUGCUGCUGCUGGAGAAGAACCGCUCCUUGCAGUCUGAGAAUGCCACGCUGCGUAUCACUAAUAGUGACCUGAGUGGGUCAGCCAGGAGAAAAGGGAAAGACCAGCCUGAGAGUCAGCGUCCUGCAACCUUGCCGGCCUCCCCUCCUUCUCAGUUGCUCCGCAACGCGGGGGAGCAGGCUUCCAAUACUAAUGGUACACACCAGUUCUCACCAACGGGUUUAAGUCAAGACUUUUUCAGCUCAUCCCUGGCAAGCCCCAGCUUACCCCUGGCCUCCACAGGAAAAUUUGCACUAAACUCUCUCCUCCAGCGACAGCUAAUGCAGUCCUUCUACUCCAAGGCAAUGCAGGAAGCAGGAAGCACAAGCAUGAUUUUUUCAACAGGUCCUUACAGCACAAACUCCAUCUCUUCCCAAAGUCCAUUACAACAAAGUCCGGAUGUAAAUGGCAUGGCCCCGUCUCCCAGCCAGUCAGAAAGUGCUGGGAGCAUCUCCGAAGGCGAGGAGAUAGACACAGCCGAAAUUGCACGUCAGGUGAAAGAGCAGUUGAUCAAGCACAAUAUUGGACAGCGGAUAUUUGGACAUUAUGUGUUGGGACUGUCACAAGGGUCUGUGAGUGAGAUACUAGCCCGGCCAAAGCCAUGGAAUAAACUGACUGUGAGAGGCAAGGAGCCAUUUCAUAAGAUGAAGCAGUUCCUCUCGGACGAGCAGAACAUCUUGGCUCUUCGCAGCAUCCAGGGUAGACAAAGAGAGAAUCCAGGCCAGAACCUGAACAGACUAUUUCAGGAAGUACCGAAACGAAGAAAUGGGUCUGAAGGUAAUAUAACCACACGAAUCCGAACCACAGAGACUGGCUCUGAUGAAGCCAUCAAAUCCAUUCUUGAACAAGCCAAAAGGGAGCUGCAAGUACAGAAAACAGCUGAGCCGGCUCAGCCGCCUUCUGCAUCUAGCAGUGGCAAUUCUGAUGAUGCUAUUCGAUCCAUUCUGCAACAAGCCCGACGCGAAAUGGAGGCACAGCAGGCUGCCCUUGAACCUGCCUUAAAAACAACACCUUUAUCUCAAGCUGACAUUUCUAUCCUGUCCCCCAAACUAGUAUCUACACCUGCAAUGUCUUCGGUUUCCAGCUAUUCUCCUUUGGCCAUAUCCCUGAAGAAACAUUCAUCUGUCACUGAUUCCAGUAUCUCUGCAUUGCAGAACCUCUCUGGGCUCAAAAAGGAGCCUCAGGAGGCACCUGUUUUAGAGCUUCAUGGAAUAAGUGAUUCUGCCCAGGGUAUGUUGAGGCAUGUUAAAAAUGAGUUGGGACGUGGUGGUGUUUGGAAGGACCAUUGGUGGAAUACUGUGCAGCAUGAGAGAAGAAAUCUUCCCGAAGAUAUAAAAGUUGAGGAAGCCAGUGGUGGAAAAGAAAAGGUCAGCAAUCAGACUAGGCCAGAUCGUAGCCAGCUCCAAGGACCAUCUUCUUCAGAGUAUUGGAAAGAGUGGCCAAACGCUGAAUCUCCGUACUCGCAGAGUUCUGAAUUGAGCAUGACUGGGGCGAGUCGCAGUGAGACGCCACAAAAUAGCCCCCUCCCUUCAUCCCCUAUCGUGUCCUUGUCAAAGCCAUCCAAACCUUCAGUUCCUCCACUGACACCUGAGCAGUAUGAGAUUUAUAUGUACCAGGAAGUGGAUACAAUAGAACUAACGCGUCAGGUCAAAGAAAAGCUAGCAAAGAAUGGCAUCUGCCAAAGGAUCUUUGGGGAAAAGGUAUUGGGGCUGUCCCAAGGAAGUGUCAGUGACAUGCUCUCCAGGCCAAAGCCAUGGAGUAAAUUGACACAAAAAGGCCGAGAACCAUUUAUUCGUAUGCAGCUCUGGUUGAAUGGUGAGCUGGGACAGUGUGUCCUGCCUGCACAAGGGCAGCAACAAGGACAAGUCCUUCACUCUGUGACAUCAUUACAGGAUUCCCUACAGCAGGGAUGUGCAAGCUCAGAAAGCACUCCAAAGACUUCUGCCAGUUGCAGUCCUGCUCCUGAAUCUCCUAUGAGUUCCAGUGAAUCAGUGAAAAGCCUGACUGAAUUGGUACAGCAGCCCUGUCCCACUAUAGAGACAAGUAAGGAUGGCAAAUCCCAAGAAUCUAGUGAGCCACCUGCUUCUGAAUCCCAGUCCACAACACCUUUGCCGCUGUCAGGCCACUCGGCACUCAGCAUUCAAGAACUGGUUGCUAUGUCCCCUGAGCUGGAUACGUAUGGCAUUACAAAAAGGGUCAAAGAAGUGCUAACGGACAACAAUCUUGGUCAGCGUUUGUUUGGGGAGACAAUCCUAGGGCUAACACAAGGCUCUGUCUCAGACCUUCUGGCUCGCCCAAAGCCCUGGCACAAGCUGAGUUUGAAGGGACGAGAACCCUUUGUCCGCAUGCAGCUGUGGCUGAACGAUCCCAACAACGUGGAGAAGCUGAUGGAUAUGAAACGAAUGGAGAAAAAAGCUUACAUGAAACGGCGACACAGCUCCGUUAGUGACAGUCAGUCUUGUGAGUCCUCAUCCGCUGGCAUAGACUACAGCCAGGGGGCCAGCCCGCAGCCACAGCAUCAGCUGAAGAAGCCCCGGGUGGUGCUGGCACCAGAAGAGAAGGAAGCUCUGAAACGAGCCUACCAGCAAAAGCCAUACCCAUCACCAAAAACCAUUGAGGAACUGGCUACGCAGCUCAACUUGAAAACCAGCACCGUGAUCAACUGGUUCCACAACUACAGGUCUCGCAUCCGCCGGGAGCUGUUCAUCGAGGAGAUCCAAGCGGGAAGCCAGAGCCAGGCCGGGUCGAGCGAUUCUCCUUCGGCGAGAAGCAGCAGAGCCGCUCACAGCUCGGAGGGAGACAGCUGCGACGGCGUGGACGCAGAAGGCCCACCUGAAGGAAAGCCGAGCGGUCCGGAGGCGGACGAGUACAGCAAUGCAACCACAAAGUCUCAGGGAGGGCAAGCGGAGUCGGCUCUGGAAGCAGGGGAAGAGGCACUGCCUGGCGCCAGGCCUUCGGAGAGAGCGGAGCCGUUCCUCUUGGGAGCGGAGAGCCUGGAGGACACCGACGAUGAGGGCAGGCUCAGAGCACCGCGCCAGAGCUCUCCAGCGGGGUCUCAGCGUUCAGGAGAAGCUCUGGAGACACUGCCCAACUCCGCCACGGAAGGGGAUGCCUCUACCUCAGCUGCCUCCACCUCAGUCCUUACAGGGGAGAGCUCCUACAAGUCAAAAGAAAGUUCAGAGAAAAUCUCCAGCGUGCCAAGUACGAGUUCGACGCCGGCCGCAGGCUCGCAGAAAGCCAACUCUCUCCAGAGCUUGUUCAGCUUCUCCGAGGCCGCGAGCUCCAGGAACACGCGAGACAGCUCCUUGAGGAAAAAGAAAGCAGCAAACUUGAACAACAUAAUCCACCGCUUGGAGAAGGCCGCGAGUCGAGAAGAGGCUGUCGAGUGGGAGUUUUGAGAUUAAAACUCACCCAACUCUGGAGAGCUGGGAAGUGAAACUGGACCUCUACUGGUUUUAUUGUGUUGCGCACUUAACCGCCCUGCGGGCCACAGGGCAAAAACGCCAUAGGCCAAGGUGCAUAUAGAAAACAAAAGGAGCGUUAAGCCCAAUUUAUGUUUGUGUUUUCGAGGAAGAAAACUGAAAUGUGUAGUCGAGCUUUUUUGUACCCUGAAGUGUUUUUAUUAUUGCCCUAAGUGAUUUCCACAAUUUCUGGAAUAACUCAUACAGCUUUGCCUUGUGCCCUCCUCUUUGGUGUGGGCUUUAAAAAAAAAGAAAAACGUUUAAAAAAAAAAAUCAAACCCACAUAUUAAAAGGGGGCUUUUUAUCUGCCAUCUAAUGGCUACAGAGCGAUAAUACACUAUUAUCUUCUUAAACCAGGAAAAAAGGGGAGAUUUUUCAAAAAAAAAAGAAAAAAAAAAAGAAAGUUUUUUGUAGCUGUUCAGUUGCCACUAAGAGAUUGCACAGUCAACCGACUCUAAACACACUAGUUUGGAUUCCUACAUAUUUUCAAGAAAAGAAAAGAAUCUUGUUGUUUGAAACUUUGAAUUAAAAAAAAGAAAAAACACAUUUACUCCACAUAU